AUGUGGUACAGGGAGUUUGUUCCAAACACUCGGCACUUGAAUGCUGAAGAUCAAGAUAACGAAGAUGAGUUCACCAAGGCAACAAGCUUGCCGAUUAUAUCGCGCCUGGGUAGCAAGUUCAUUACCAAGUUCUUCGCUCCCAACCCCGAUCAGGUGGUUGCGCUACAUCACAACGAGCAUUGUCAUUUGUAUUGCGAUUUUGGGAGAAACCUCGAGUCCCCGAUAGACGAAAAAGACCCAGAAUAUGGCAAUUUAUAUGUUCGCCAUAUCGGUAUCAAACAAACCAUCCGAGCUCUUCAUGGUGGAGAGAGAUUGCCAUGA